AUGAAGCCCAUGCUUCUGCUCUCGGGCGACAGGGCCAACUUUACCACAGUUGCCGUUGACUUUGAGAAGGACGAGUUGAAGGUUCUCGCCAAUUAUCCAGCACCGUACAAUGUUUCCUGGGCAGAGCCUGUAUCUUCACACGGAAACAUUGAUCGUUUGGUUGGGCUGUCAGAAGGCGAAGAAUCUGGUCUCUUGUUUACUUUCGAAGUCGACCAUGCAAAAGAAACUUGUCGUAUCACGAGUCAACAGCCGACCCUAGGUGCACCUGCACACAUUAUUACGCUGCAAGACAAGUCCGCCCUGGCGAUAGGCACUUAUCUUGGAGGGUCUGCUGCUCUCUAUCCCGUAUCCAUCACCGAAAGCGACGGACUUAGGCUUAAGGAUGUAUCUCGAACGGAGCUCCUACUCAACUUUCCCUAUAAAGCGGCUGGGCACGGCCCUAAAGGUCGCCAACGGCAAUGCCAUUUACAUCAAGUGCUUGAAGACAAGAGAGGACUGCUGUAUGCACCUGAUUUAGGUGCUGAUCGCGUAUGGAUUUUGGCUCGGAACAACCUGGAACUGGAAGUAUGCGGCUGGCUCCAAUGCCCCCCUGGAACGGGUGCUCGACACGCUGUUUUCACACCUGAUGAGAAAAUCAUGUAUGUCCUGGGCGAGCUCUCACAUAACGUUGUCGCCUUCGAUUUGUCGACCUGCCCUGCCAACGACGUCCAGCCUAUCGACGGCUUUUCAGUUAACAUCAUCCCGCCGACUGUUCACAGCGAUCAUCAGUUCAUGAUGGACUCCGCUGAACUCUCUCACCAUCCCAAGAUCCCAAAUGUCUUGUAUGCAAGCAACAGAUGGGAAAGACAUAUCGCGAAGCGCGAACCGCAUCUGAAAAACGUCCCCAUAGAACUGCCGCAAGGUGAUACGAUUGCCAUAAUUCUUCUCUCGGGCGAUGGCAAAAGAGUCCAAGAGACCAAACACGUACGGACCAAUCUCGAUACGAUCCGCGGGUUCCGGCUUAGUGAUGAUGGGAAUUACGUUGUAGUAGCGGGACAAGAGGGAGGUGGGAUUGAGAUGUACCGUAUCGGAGGCUUACGAGGCGACGAAUGGGCUCUUACAGCCAGUCUGAGGGAGGGGCUAGACAGCGGUAUCAAGCACGUAGUGUGGAUUUAA